AUGAGGUGGUCACUGUCCUGCUCCCUCUCCCUUCCUGCCAUCCUGCUGGGGAUUACGUCCCUGGUGGAAGCGCUCAAUUACGAAGGGCACUACCGGGCGCUGGUGCUGCUGCAGUCCCAAACAGACAAGGCCAAAUACUCGAAAUAUAUCGCGGAUCUCGAAGAUAGAGGGUUCUCCCUGACCUUUGACUCACCAAAGAACGACUCGCUGGCUCUGUUCCACCUGGGCCAGCGGACAUUUGACCACGUCCUGAUUCUCCCCUCCAAGACGAAGGGACUCGGCCCCAACUUCACCCCCAAACUCCUCCUCGACUUCAUCAAUAGCGGCGGCAACAUCCUCCUGGCCCUCUCCUCCUCCAUUCCCACUCCGACGUCGCUCGUCUCGCUGCUCCUUGAACUCGACAUCCAUCUUCCCCCUGAGCGGACCUCGUUGGUCGUAGACCACUUCAACUACGAUACUAUUUCAGCCUCGCAAUACCACGAUGUUUUGCUUGUACCUAGACCUGACGCCAUCAGGCCCGAUGUGCAGAACUUCUUCAAGGGCAGUGGGGCUGGUGACGAGGUCAUUGCGCUCCCUGGAACUGUCGGGCAAACGCUCGGCAACAACAGCCCAUUGCUGACUCCAAUCCUCCGAGCUCCCCGAACCGCUUUCUCCUACAAUCCCAAAGAGGAGGCUGAAGUCGCUGAGGACCCAUUUGCAGUUGGUCAGCAGCUAUCGCUGGUGACCGCGAUGCAGGCACGCAACUCUGCCCGCUUCACUGUCCUUGGAUCGGCCGAGAUGCUCGAGGAUACUUGGUUUGAUGCCCAGGUCCAGCGCAGCGUAGGUGUCGGCGGUGCGGGAACAGGAGAGAAGAAGAUCGCCACUUCGAACCGAGAAUUCGCCAAAGAAAUCACUGGCUGGACAUUCGGGGAGAUUGGUGUCUUGAAGGUCUUCAGCAUUGAACACUACCUCAAUGAGAACGGUGUCAAGAGCAAUGACACCAACCCCAAGAUCUACCGAGUGAAGAACGAUGUUACAUACAAUAUCGAGAUUCGCGAGUGGUCUUGGGACGGCUACCGCGCCUUUGUCCCUCCCGCAGGCGACGUUAUUCAACUAGAAUUUUCCAUGCUAUCCCCCUUCCACCGUCUCCCCUUGAAAUACGUAGAGACGCCUUCUGGUUGGGGCAUUUACACCACCUCCUUCAAGCUGCCUGACCAACACGGCAUCUUCAACUUCAAGGUCAACUACAAGCGACCGUUCUACACCAACAUUGAGGAGAAGAACACGGUCACUGUCAGGCACUUUGCCCACGACGAGUGGCCCAGGAGUUGGGUCAUCAGCGGUGCAUGGCCUUGGAUUGCAGGUAUUGGUGCGACUGUUACUGGAUGGAUAGCGUUUGUGGCGCUGUGGUUGUGGAGCAAACCCGUGCCGUUGAAGCUGACGACGAGAGGGAAGAAGGUACAAUAG